AACAUUUUUGUUUACCUUUUAAAUUGAAUUUAAAUUGAUUACAAUUAACAUUUAAUCGAUAAUUGUGUCAACUGAUUGAAGAUAUCGAAACUGUUUUUCUAACAAUUUAACUCUAAGUUUAGUGAUUAAUCAAUCAAUCUGAUUUAAGUUAAUUGUUUCAACCUGUUGUGUUCGGAUUCUGUGAUAUUUAAUUUUAAUUUUUUUUGCUGCUAAAAAAUUGCUUCUAAUUGUUUGAUAAAAUCAAUAUUGUAAUCAAUUCUCUUUGAUUCUAUUAAUAACUAGAAAUUACAAAUACUAUCAAAGAAUUUAGCUUUCAUGUCACAAUAAUCAAAUCACUAUGUUCUACUUGAAUGAAAAGCAUGAAUCACAUAUCAUCACAAUAUCGUCCAUGGAAAUUUAUUAUUCUAUCAUCAAGUUAUCGUAAAUCAAUCUGUGAUUAUCUUACCUGUAACAAACCUGUUAAGUGCAAUUACAUGUCAACAAUAACCAGAAAUAUUACACCAAACAGCCAACCAAAAAUGGAAGGUGAUACAUUCCAAGCUAAGAGAGCAUUGAUUUUGACUAAAUUCUCAAGAUAUGAAUUUGAGAAAAGAACCAAUCCUAAUUUAAGUGAAGAGCAAUUGAUUGAUAAGCUUAAAGCUCGUGGAUCAGAUUAUACCAAUUUACUUCACCAUCAUCGGAUUCACCGAACCUCAAGAGAUAAAUUGAAAACUGCUCUUGAAAAAAGGGGACUUGAGGUUAGAAUGGUUAACCGUUUGGAAUAUAAUAAACCAAAUAUUGACUGGGCCGAUGUAAUAUUUACUUCAGGAGGUGAUGGUACUUUUCUUAUGGCUGCAAGUCACAUAAAUAAUUCAGCGAAACCAAUAAUUGGUAUUAAUAGUGACCCAUCUCGAUCGGUUGGACAUCUUUGUCUACCUGUCCAAUAUUCAAAUGAUUUAGAGUUAAUGUUAGAUAAAUUAUAUUCUCGUUCAUUUAAAUGGUUUUACCGGCAAAGAAUACGUGUUGUUUUAGAGGGUGUUAAUGCAGAAGAUGAUCCAAUUGAGUUACACAAUCAACAGUUAAUGUACCCUGAAUAUCGUUACCUGGAAUCUGAUGAGAAAAUCAUCUCUGAUCACUCUAGUAAUCCAGGUAGAGUCUCUCCGUUACCUUGUGCAACUUCACCAGUUUCUUCAUCAACAACAUCACCAAAUUGACUCACACUGGUAAAAGUACCAAAAAAUUCAAAGGUUCACAUAAAUAAAACUCGAACUUUACCCGUUCGCGCACUGAAUGAGUGUUUCGUUGGAGAAAGUUGCUCGUCUAGAGUUUCCUAUUGCGAGUUUUCCGUUGAUGGUUUACCAAGAUAUAAAUUUAAAAGCUCAGGAGUGACAAUUUGUACCGGAACUGGUUCAACUUCCUGGUCUUUCAACAUCAAUCGUUUAACCGUUCAAAGUGUUAAAAGAUUAUUUCAAAUUGUCCAAGAAGAAACUGGACAGAAUAUUGCCUCUAAUGAGGAAACAAUUAAAUUGAUCACCAAACGCUUCAAUGAUUCCCUAAUUUUUGACGCUUCGAAACCUGUAAUGGCCUAUUCGGUUCGUGAUCCCAUAGUGACAGGUUCUAAUGAUGAUUAUACUCGAGGAUUUGCUUCAAAAAUUGAAAUACGAUCACGAAUGUUUGAUGCUUGCGUUGUUAUCGACGGUGGCCUUUCAUACAGAUUUAACGAUGGGACAAUCGCUAAAUUUGAAAUACACGAAGAAGAUGCUCUUAAAACAGUCCAACUUUUUCCUUGUAACAAACAAGAGAACACAAAACAAUGACACUUAAAAUAUCACAGAUAUUAAUCACAAUUUCCAUUAAAACUUUUUUGUUUAUUAGCUCAAA